AUUUCGAAGAGUGGUGCACUUUCGCUGAGGUUGAUUGUGCGGUGUCUUGAAGUCAAGCUGCGGACACAUGCAUAAGAGAAUGGGGCGAUUGAGCUCAACGUCAUGGGUUACAUCACUGGUUAGACGGACGGUGAUGUUAAGGAAGCUUAGCGGUGGGCCACACUGCAGGGUUCAUCGAUGUGAGAGUCAGCGGAUGCUGCAUCUUGUACGACCUCCCACUGGUGGCUGCAGCGCGAGGAACGAUUCCGCGGCUCGCCCCACUUCGGUCUACCACGCUUUCAUGUUCACCCUUCCUCCUUCUUCACGGAUCCACUAACCCCAAUCAUCCGGCCAGGCAUAUAGCGGAUAUGGAUUCCACACCCACACAAUGCCACAUUCAUGUAUCACACCCCCGUCAUACCUGCGAGGGCUGCGAAUCAGAUUCCACAUUCGACCGCAAAACAAGGCGCAAAUAGUGAAAUGAAUCAGCUACUAGACGCUCGCAUUCAUCAAAGGUCGCACCUCGCUCUCCGACUCAGACGUCCUUCUCGAUUGAAUGGUUGGAAGCUGCGCUUCAUGAGGGUGUCAAUGAAGGUGAUGUAGCCCGUGACAGCCCCUUUCAUGGAACCCUCGGGGUGCGUACGUCUGCUAUGAAAGGGUGCCUAUAGGCGUCAUAGUAGAUUUAGAGAUACGUAUGGAUACACUCAACAUCCUGAUUCGAAUGCUUGCCAUUACAAUCUUCGAAGUUACCGUGCACACCCAGUUGAAGAUCCGAGCACGGUAUCCAAUUGAGCUUGGCUACGUUUCCCAAGUCGACCGUCUCACAAAUACGUGGCGUCAGGACGACCUUAUUCGUCAAGGCGGCAAGUACAGGCACAAACUCACACGUAUACUGCUACGCAGUGUUACGCGUCUCUUCC